AGAAGAAAAGCCUUAUAAUGGCAGGCAAAGGAAGUGAUACAGACUGCAUGUCAUGCAGUGUUCUGAACUGGGAGCAGGUCAGCCGCUUGCAUGAGGUUCUUACAGAGGUGGUUCCAAUCCAUGGACGAGGUAACUUCCCAACACUGAAGAUAACUCUGGCAGACAUUGUUCAGACUGUUCGGAGUAGGCUCUGUGAGGCAGGCAUUGUGGUACAUGAUGUCCGUUUGAAUGGCUCUGCAGCUGGUCAUGUCCUAGUCAAGGAUAAUGGGCUGGGAUGCAAGGACCUGGAUCUCAUUUUUCAAGUUUCUCUUCCAAGUGAGGCAGAGUUUCAGUUGGUUCGAGAUGUGGUGUUGCGAUCUCUCUUGAAUUUCUUACCAGAAGGAGUAAGCAAGCUAAAAAUCAGUCCAGUAACACUGAAGGAAGCGUAUAUCCAGAAGCUAGUAAAAGUGUGCACAGAGUCUGACCGCUGGAGCUUGAUAUCACUUUCUAACAAACAUGGUAGAAAUGUGGAGCUGAAGUUUGUAGACUGCAUAAGAAGGCAGUUUGAGUUCAGUGUGGAUUCCUUCCAGAUCAUACUGGAUUCCCUGCUCUUCUACUAUGACUGCUCAGAAAACCCCAUGUCAGAGCAUUUCCAUCCAACUGUUAUUGGGGAGAGUAUGUAUGGAGACUUUGAGGCAGCUUUUGAUCACCUCCAGAACAAACUGAUAGCUACCAAAAAUCCUGAAGAGAUCCGAGGUGGUGGGCUUCUAAAGUAUAGUAAUCUCUUGGUACGAGACUUCAGGCCCAUGGAUAAAGAUGAGAUCAAAACAUUAGAGCGCUACAUGUGCUCCCGGUUCUUCAUCGACUUUCCAGAUAUCCUGGAUCAGCAGCGCAAGCUAGAGACCUACCUCCAGAACCACUUCUCCAAAGAAGAGAGGAGCAAAUAUGACUACCUCAUGAUUCUACGCAGGGUGGUAAAUGAGAGCACAGUGUGUCUCAUGGGACAUGAGCGAAGGCAGACUCUCAACUUGAUUUCUCUGCUAGCACUCAAAGUAUUGGCAGAACAAAACACCAUCCCCAAUGCCACUAAUGUCACCUGUUAUUACCAGCCAGCACCUUAUGUUAGUGAUGUAAACUUCAGCAACUACUAUCUUGCAAAUGUUCCUGUUCCAUAUAGCCAGUCCUACCCCACCUGGUUGCCUUGCAAUUGAGCAUCUCCCGUGAGAGUUCUUGAAUGGAAGCUACUGAAAGUAAAGAUGAUGAAUGUACAUAGACAAGU